GUAAAUAUAGCUAACACGUACGUGCUAAGUCUGUUUUAUACGGAGGAAGGUUUCAGUCAAGGUGAAGUAGACCACCUAUUUAGCGCCUUAGUUUUAGCGAAUUUCACUUGUGGUCUGCCUGUUUAUGGCGCUGUAGACUCAGAUCUCACGGUCAUAUGUGACAGGGUCACUAGACCUAGAAUUUCACUACUUUUCGUUAUAUCAAGAAAUAUAUUACUUUUCUAUUAUUUUGCUCCUAAUAUUUUUGCGCUUAGGAAUUUCCCGGUUUGAUUUAGCAAGCUUGUGUAUCGCUUAGGAAUGAUUGUACGUGUGCCCACAAACCCACAUAUUAUUGCCUAAAUGCCGUAGCGGAUAUUAGCUUUUCGUGGUUUUUCUUUUCGGUAGAUUAUUUUAAUCAUUUAAUUGACCUUAUAUUUUUAUGUUAGCAGGAUUAACCUAGGGAAAUCCUGGUGUUCUGUUUUACUGUGGUUUGGCAACACACCUUUUACUGUUUUGCCGCGUGCAAAAUUAUUUAACACUUUGGUAUAAGUAGAGGCACGUUUUAGCCUUAAUUCAGUUGAGUUUGGACAUCACUGAAGAAACUACAGCAGCUGUAAAGUUAACAAGCGAACUUGCUUCUAGCAAGGUACGAUAGUUUGGUUUGUUUCAGGGGCACCCAACGUCAAUUUUCGGGAAAAUAUCUGUUCGGAAGACGAUUUGAGAUGUAGAAUUUUCGGGACAUUUGUUGUAAAAUUUCUUGCUUCCCUGCCUCUCCUAGGAUUUUCGAACAGCUAUAAAAUGGUAUAAUUGCCCAUUUUUCACGGAUUUUUACCCUAAAAAGGUCACCUAGAAUUUUCGGGAGUCUUUUUUCUGGCUGAAAUUUUCGAAAAGGAAAAUUUUGAUCCCUGUAAAUUUCGGAUCACUAGACUUUCAGCUAGGAAAGCCGAACAGAUCAAAAAUUUUUAGGGGAUAAAAAUAUGCCUAUAUCUACCGUUUAAAUACUAAAAUACGUUUAAGAAUGCUUUGUUUAAGUGGUUUUGAACUAUAUACUCGUUGGGUGCCCCUGUUGUUUGUCAUUUAGAUUAAGUACUUGACCUCGUUAAUUACCGAAUAAUUUAGUCUUAGCUUAGUCUUUUCUUAGUUAUAAUUCUGUUUAGUGAUUUAAGUAAUUCUAUACAACUUUUUUUUAUUCGUUAUAAUUUCGCUAUUCCAAUUGCAAUCAGUAGGAACUAGGCCAGUUUGGUCUGUUAUUCAUUCGCUUUAUUUUUGUAAUCGGAGACGCAUAUUCUUCGUAGCGUCGCUAAAUUUUCUUCGCGUAUUAUUACACACCUUCUGUAGUAAAUUCAUUUUGUUUAUUGCAAAUCUCUCUUUCUGUUUACAACUGUUAAUUGGCUAGUUUUGUUCUUCUAUUAUAUACACCUAAUUGCAAUAACGUUGUCAUAGAAAAAAGCAAAAAGCAAAAAGCCAAAUAGGAAUUAAUUAGCCAUGUGAUUUACAUUUGCGUAUUUUAAUAAUAUAACAAUUAUUUAAGAAGUCAGUCACAAUAACAAGAAAUAAUUCUGUAAUUCCGCGCUGUAAGAUUCCGCAGAUGAAACACUGAUGUGUUUAACAAAAGGGUCCUGACAAACGAAGCUUAGUUUGUGGCGCGGGAGAGGGACUGGCUGAGGAACGUCUCACCCUCUCCGCGAUGGAAAGUCCUGCGUACGCCCCUGAUUUGUUGCUUGAAAAUUGUGAUCUGAUGGUGUGGUGCACUACAAACCAUACGCAGACUGGCUUUUCUAUUUAGCAUUAAACGAAAAGACGCGUCGCGUUCCUGGAAUUUACCCUAGGCUAUAUUUAUUGAAAAAAAAAAUGGAGCCAUUUUUUCUUUAGUAGUUAUCCGAUGUACGUUUGUAAUUAGAGCACGUUUGAAAUCUGCUAGAUGAAUCAGCCUCGAAUUGCAUUAGAAUGACACCAAGAAACUGAUGCAAAUGAUUUCUCUCAUGUUACGUGAUUAAUAUUCAGCUAUAAGCGUGUGUGUUGGGAAUGUUGCAAGCAAUGAUAAUGAAAUGCUAAUUAAUUCCUAUUUGGCUUUUUGCCUUUUGCUUUUUGCUUUUUGCUUUUUUCUAUGACAACCUUAUUGCAAAUAGGUGUAUCCUAGUCUUUUGAAUUAGUUUUUCUUUGUUUUAAUUACACAUAGGUCGUGCUCUUAGGUCAAGAAUUAUGCACCUAUCAAUGGUUUGCCCCAGGAUGGGGGGGCCGGGCAACCCACGGGAAAUUUGACAUUUUCAGGUUUUCAAAUGUCAAUUUCCCCACCCUUGGGUCUCCAUUGUAAGUCAAAUUCCCACCCCUGGGAACCACUGACCUUCAUAGUAAGUUCAACGGAAUGAUAGGCACUCACAUCAAGUUUAUUGCAGCACACCUCCAGACACAACACUGAUUUGAACAAACAACGAUUAAACAAGAUCCUCUCAAAACAAUCCAAAUUGUAUUUCUGGUAGAAAAAAUUUUUUUAGGGUAGAAUUAUUAAAAAAUUGACAAAGAAAGUAUCAAAAAAUAAGAUUAUUUAAUAAAGCACCACUUGUCAUUGUUUGGUGAGAUUUGGCACAGGUUUCGGGAUUCACGCCUGGAAUAGGUUGUAUUACGCUUUCAUCCAACUGAUGUUUGUAACUGAGGUCCACAAUUGACCAGAAUAUCAUUUAAUUUAACAUUUGGAGUAUACUAGCAAAUCUAUAAACACAGAGAGUAUCGAAAACUUGAGGCAGGGCGGCAUCCUCUGAAGACAGGUAACUAGGAAGUAAAUUUUGAUCUAAAUGAGCUCUUGUGCGAAUAUUUCUUCUCAAAGCUGAAGGAAAAAUACUUUAUGUUAUUAGAACUUUAAAGACUGAGCACUGAUGGGCAUAAAAAACAACAUUUUUGCUUUAAAAAAAGCAACACGAUGCUCCUUACCUUUAGUUCAGCCAUCCUUAGACGCGGGAAACUCGUUCAAAUGGACGGAUCACUCACUCAUUCCCAGGUCCUCUCCACUUGUCAAGAUGGCGGUCGAGUCAAAUUUCCCACCCUGGGACCGUUGUGGAUGUCAAAAUCCCCACCCACGUGCGCUUUACGAAGUCUAAUUCCCGUGGGUUGCCCGGCCCCCCCAUCCUGGGGCAAACCAUUGAUAGGUGCAUUAUCUGUUCGCAAAUUAGUUCUUUUCCGUUCCACUUAAUUACUUUUGUUUCGUUCUCACCUUGUAUCGUGAAUGUAGAAUCCCGUUGUUUAUCAUGUUAUAGCCGUUGGAUACCAUUUCACACUGCAUUUCAGGAUUUGCCAUUACAUUAACGCAAUUAACCCUGACGUUUGUCGCUUGUGCUACUCGCGUCAACUAUACGGUUCUCAAAUUUAAUUUGCAUGACACUAUACGUCACUUCCGUUCUAUUUUUGUCUUCAAAAUAUCGCUUUUCUGUGGUUUAUUUUUAUCUUUUUCUGGUGUUAGUUUCAGCAUAUUUGGUAGUUGUUUACACUUUAAACUACAGAUCAUUGUGUUCUAUUUGCAAGAGAAUAUCUUCGUUUUCUUUUUGUGAAUUCUACAAUAACUUAGUUUACAGUUUAGAAUAUGUUUUCCUGGUUUUCGAUAUUCUUCUGUAGUCCUUAGUCAAUUGCAUUGUAUUCUGCAUCAUUUUGUUGCACGCAAACAUUUAGUUUACUUUGUAUUCUUUUGGUAGGUCUAAUCUUUCAGUAGUUCCCGUUUAUUUUAUUUUGUUUUAUUUUAUCUUCGCUUUUUUUUCAAAUAAAUUGUUUUGGAAAAUCCUUGAAUCCUUCUCGUUCCUGCCGCUGACCGCCCCAUCCUGUUACACAUACAAAACAUUCUGGAUAAAUGCUUUAAAAGGAAAUGCACAUCUAAGAGAAUGAACAUUCGAGAACUUUUAGAAAAGGCAGAUAAGAAGCUUUUCACGGGUACGUUCAGUGCCCCGGGGGGGGGGCACUUGGGUAUUUUUUGGGUGGGUAUGUGCCGCCCGGGAUUCCAAAUUGGCACCCCGUUCGAAAUACAAAUUCCCCUAAAAUUGAUACCCCGUUCUAGAAAUGGGCCCUUUUUUUAUACUCCUUUCUAGAAAGUUUGUAAAUUUAAAUAGCCCUGUUUUUUUAAAAAGAUAUUUCUUUAUUUGUUCGACUUAUACAUCAAAUAAAUGCUUCUUCACAAUCAGCAACAAUUUCAAGCAGCACCCCGUUCUAGAAAACGCCUCUGAAAAUGAUACCCCGUUCUAAAUCAGGAGCUUCCAAAUCACGACCCCGUUGGGCGGCACAUACGUAUAGGUAAUGUAUGGGACUAACCCCCCCCCGGGGUUCAGUGGAUCUCGAUUGCACGGUUAGUAACAUCAUUCCGAAGAAGAAAGCCAAAAGUAUCAUCAAACAAAAGAGCUCAUCGCCCGGAACUAAGGACUGA